AUGGAUUAGGAAAUAAAAAAGCUUGAAUAACUAAAAUAAUAAGAAAUUCUGUUGAUGUAAUAGAUUUAUGAAAAGAAAGUAUUGUAAAUGUUUUGAAAUAGAUUAAUUACUUGAAUACAAAAAUAUAAUUAUUAACAGAAGAAUCAAAAUAAAAAGAUAUUGAAUUACAAAAUCUAAAAAAUGCAUCCUUAGAAAAUUUUAUUGAAUAUUAAGUUAAAACUGAAGAGUUUCCAAAUCUUGAAAUUUAAAAAUAAAAAUUGAAUGAUGAAAAGGAUAAAGAAUUAUAAAAGAUUAAAACAUAGUAUUAGACUGAUUUAUAAAAUAUUCAUCAACAAAUGAGAAAUAGAGAUUUGAUGAUAGAAUAAAUGAAAUAAGAGAUUAAAAUGUUUGAACAAUUCUCACAAUAAAACCUUGACCAUUAAAAAGUAUAAUUCCUAUCUUAAAUCAUUGAUGUUACCAAUGAAUUAUUAGUUUAAUUAUGA